GCGCUGAACACUCAUGGCCACAAGUUUAGUAGUUAGUACGUUACCCUUUUCAUCCACAUUCGCAGAAACUCCCUCUAUUACUCUUAAUUCUAUCGUUUAAGCACUAAAAGAGGCGACCAUGGAAGCUUUCAGGUCCUCCUCUGCUCCAUCACUUCAUACAUGCACAACACUGCAAAAAACCCAAUUCCUCAAACCCAUGUUCUUGAAUUUUCAGUUCAACAAGAUACCCAGUUCAUCUCUCUCAUCAUUUCACAAGAACAUCUCAAGAUCUAAGCUUUUCACUACCAUAUCAUCGUCGUCAACACUUUCAACUGAACAGAUAGAUCCUCCACAAUCAGAGCUUGAAACUAAGAGUAAAGAAGAGAAAUUUGAUUGGUUUUCACAGUGGUAUCCAGUUAUGCCUGUUUGUGACUUGGACAAAAGGGUGCCACAUGCGAAGAAGAUUUUGGGUCUUGAUGUGGUGUUGUGGUGGGACAGAAAUGAAGGUGCAUGGAAGGUGUUUGAUGAUAGUUGUCCUCAUAGGUUGGCCCCAUUGUCUGAGGGGAGGAUUGAUCAAUGGGGAAGGUUGCAGUGUGUGUACCAUGGUUGGUGUUUUAAUGGCUCUGGAGACUGCAAGUUCAUCCCUCAAGCUCCCACAGAUGGUCCUCCGGUCCACACCUUCAACAAAGCUUGUGCCACUGUUUAUCCAACUACGGUGCAGCAUGACAUUGUAUGGUUUUGGCCAAACACUGAUCCUCAAUACAAAGAUAUCAUUUUGAAGAAAAAACCGCCCUACAUCCCUGAACUGGAUGAUCCCUCAUUUACUACAUUAAUGGGGAACAGAGAUAUUGCUUAUGGGUAUGAGGUGUUAAUUGAAAACCUUAUGGACCCUGCUCAUGUUCCAUAUGCACAUUAUGGACUAAUGCAAACUAAAAAGCCCAGAGUGAAGCUUGACCGGGAAGGUGGCAGGCCAGUUGAAAUGGCUGUGAAGAAGUUAGACAUAAAUGGUUUCAUAGGAAAGCAAGAGUUCGGUAGCAGUAAAUUUAUUUCUCCUUGUAUUUUCUAUGCAUAUACUGAUCCUAUUGUGGAUCAAGGUAAUGGAUCUGCAUCGUCAGCCGGAAACAACAAGGUGGUGUCACCAAAGCAGCGGAGAUCAGCCUUAAUUUUUCUUUGUGUUCCGGUUAGUCCAGGCAAUAGCAGAUUGAUAUGGGCAUUCCCGAGAAACUUUGGAAUUUGGAUCGACAAAAUUGUUCCAAGAUGGAUGUUUCAUAUCGGACAAAACCUGAUUCUGGAUUCUGAUUUGUAUCUUCUUCACGUUGAGGAGCGCAAGAUAAUGGAUGUUGGCCCCGGUAAUUGGCAGAAAGCUUGUUUUGUGCCGACAAAAUCAGACGGCUUCGUGGUUGGUUUCAGAAGGUGGUUAAACAAGUAUGCUGGUGGUGGAAUUGAUUGGAAAGGCAUGGCUCUUCCCCCAACUCCGCCCAGAGUCCAGCUGAUGGACAGGUACUGGUCGCACGUUGUGAACUGCACCAGUUGCAGAUCCGCAUACAAGGGCCUCAAUGCACUAGAGGUCAUACUGCAGGUCAUCUCCUUUGUUUCCAUUGGAGUUGUUGCAGCGAUCAAGCAGAACGUAAUAUCAGCGGCUACGAGAACUGGUUUGGUCGUGUUAGCAGUGAUAUGCUUUGCAGCUUCAAGAUGGUUGGCUGACUUUAUCUACAAGAAUUUCCAUUACCAUGACUACAAUCAUGCUUUUCGCUAAUAUAUACGUCUCACUAAUACUGCGAGUGAAAGUACUGUAUCAAAGAAUGUAAAUGUGUCGAUCCUCUUUGUAAAGAGUAUGAUGAAUGUUAAUUGAACAUAAAUGACAGAAUUCGGCCCAGCCCUGCAGGGCAGUAGGACUGUCCUUCCUAGCCCAUUGGGCCUUUUGCGCCUUGAAAGAAGGCCUGCCUUCCCUACGGGCCUUACUACUCUUUUGUUGUUUCA